UCUCCAAAGCCAUAUUGCAUACAUGUUAUGAGAAGACAGUUUUGUCUCAAUCUAAGGGACACAGGCUGUAGAGAUGACUCAGCUGAUAUAGGCUCAGCUCACAAGAAAAGGACAGUAUACAGAGAGAGUGUGUCAAAAUUAAUGUUGCUCUCUGUGGGCUAAGUUAGCUCUCUGUUCACUGGUGGCAUGCAUGAGAUUGUGAACGACGCUGUCAGGGCAGGACUGGGAUGCACCCCGACCGUCCUUAUCUGGCUUGUGUCUUUCCUUACGCAGUUGAGGAAACCAAGAACUAGAUGUUUAGUAAAAGUCCUCGUGGCCGAGGCAGGACUGGCACAUAGCUAUCUUCCUCUAGGGCGACAUGACUUCUGGUUCAUCUUCAUGCAAGUGGUAUUCCUGCUGCAGGACAGAGAGCAGUUCUUGAUAGUUUUAGCUUUAUGAUCUAGGUGGUCAAUCCCAGUUUGGUCCCAUGUUGGUUUUCUUGCACAUUGAGACAAGUUUUCCAUCGCUUAUUAACAGCACUCUCUUGGUUACUGACUCUGCCUUAUUCCAGUCUUGCAAGUAGAUGGGAAUGCCUGAUAGUUGGUGUAGCAAAGAAGCAGCAGUGUCAAGACUAGGAAAGAACAGCAUUUGUACAAUGGACUGAGUAAUAAUUUAUUCCUCACAGUGUGUGUGUGUGUGUGUGUGUGUGUGUGUGUGUGUGUGUUGUUAGAAUCUGUCACCUGUGGCCAGUAUGUAAGGUUAACAGUUGUAUUGGUUAUUCUUGUAGUUUUUUAGUUGUAAUAGUUUUGGGGAAAAAUUGCUGGGCCUGACUAUUUUGUUUUUGUUGUUAUGGUUGUUGUUUUUAAGUAAAGAUGGAUAAGUAAGUAGAUCUAGACUAGAAGGAAAAUACCAGAGUUUUUCUAGGGUUGCCUGUAAGUAAGUACACAUUUUAGUUACAUGAAAUAGAGAAAGUCUACGUAGAUAAUGUAAAUGCCGGGGUAAUAGCAGUGGCUGAAUCUCGGGAUGACAGCCUCUCAUCCCUUCUAAUGUCAACUUAAGGCAAAUCAUUUUAGUCACUGUCUGCAGUUUGCUUCAGAGACAAGCAGAUGUGAAGCUUCUGGGAAGAGAUAAUGCCUAGGAGAGAGUUUAAACUGAUAGUAAAUUCCCAUUACAUUAUUCACCUCCAAAGCUAUAAUGUGUAUUUUGUAGCCAGCGGGUCAUCGUCUUCCCAGUAGCGUGGAAGAAUUGACUUAUUUGCAUGAUUUUGUCAGGAUCUUGAAAUUUAGUGACAGAGGUAGAAAACUUCUAAGGGAGGGACAUGAGACAGAUGGGUUUUCUUUUCUGUAGUGAAUAAUGCCUUGUCUGUUGUUUUUGGAGGGAGCACUGUUUCUGACAGUAGAAGACAUUUAACCAAUAAGAAGUUUGUUUUAGAUGAGAAAAGCUAGACUAGAGGCUGCCACCGUGUUAGAUGGACAAUUGAGUGACAGGAGCCUCAGAUAAGACAGGCAGGAGACAGGCAGACAGGGCAUGCGCAGUGGGGACAGGCAGACUGAGACUCUGAGAUUUGUGAAUGUAAAUUUAGCCACUGACUAAGCCUAGAAGAUGACUCUUCUGGAAAUGCCACCCACUUUCAGAUGGGAUUACCCAGACAAAUUAGAGACAGAGGGAGGGAGUGCUACCUGGGAAGAUCCUCACCUAAGAGAUAAGAGCACCGACUGCUGUGGGGAUAAUGAUCCCAUUGACGUCUGUGAAAUAGGCUCAAAGGUUCUUUCCCGUGGAGACGUGGUCCAUGUGAAGAUCCUUGGGACUUUGGCACUUAUUGAUCAGAGUGAAACAGAUUGGAAAAUAAUUGCUAUCAAUGUGAAUGAUCCUGAGGCUGAAAAAUUUCAUGAUAUUGAUGAUGUUAAGAAGUUCAAACCAGGUUACCUGGAAGCCACUCUCAAUUGGUUUAGACUCUAUAAGGUACCAGAUGGAAAACCAGAAAACAAGUUUGCUUUUAAUGGAGAAUUCAAAAACAAGGCUUUCGCCCUCGACGUUAUUAACUCUGCACAUGAACGUUGGAAAGAGAUGGUUAUGAAGAAGUGUGACAAGGGAGCCAUCAGUUGUGUAAAUGUGCACAUCUGCGAUAGCCCUUUCCACUGCACUAUGGAGGAAGCAAGAUCAUUGGUUGAAUCGGUUCCAACACCUUCGAUGAAUAAGGAAAGCAAUGUAGAGGAAGAAGUGUGGCACUUCCUCCGCAACUGAUGGGGACACAGGGCUUCUGCACCGAGAUGUCAACCUCUGGGGACACGGGGCUUCUGCACUGACGUCAGCCUCCAGGGACUCCCGGGGUUCCUUCUCCUUUAGUGCUCUUGCCGGGCACCUGGAUGGCCAUCUGAUGACUUCCUGUCAGACAUCACUGUUAAAACUUUUAAAAUAAACUUGUAAAUAAAUACUAACAUUUUGAACUUC